AUAUCUCCGUUCAAAACUUACAUCUUAAAGAUAAAAUCAAGUUCAUAUAUACAUAAUGAUUUGCUUAUAUAAAUCAUUAACGUAUGGUUCCUUAACAUACGAUUAAAUACGUAAUCCAUUAUUACACACAUAUGUAUAUACAAUUCAUCUAAUUUAUGAGAAAAUCUUCUGGUACUAUUUGCAUACUGUUGUGUCAACUAUAAAACAUAAAAAUUUCGAACUAUGAUUUUACAUUCGAGGAUCUUAAAUCAUCUAAGAAAUAGAUCUUUGUCACCAGCGACAAGUGUUUAUAUCCAGUACUAUCUUGAACCAUUUAGGCAAUAUUCAUCUUAUAAUGAACAGUAUAUUAAACAAAAUAGAGUCAAAUAUAAUUCUUAUGCAAAAUAUGCAGCAUAUAUUACUGUUGCUACAUCUAUAUUAGGUUUACAUUAUUACAUAUUUUAUAAAAAAGCUCAAGCUUUGGAUAAGAAAUCUACUUUAUGCGGAGAGUUUAGAGCAGAUUUAAAGACAUACAAUCUAGAAGAAGUAGGCAAACAUGAUAAUAAACAAAAUCGGAUUUGGGUAACAUUUAAACAAGGAGUAUAUGACAUAACAGAUUUUAUUGAAAAACAUCCGGGCGGUCCUUCUAAAAUAAUAAUGGCAGCUGGCAGUUCAAUCGAACCAUUUUGGGUAAUUUUUGCUAACCAUAAUACAGAAGAAAUAUAUGAGCUCCUUGAAUCAAUGAGAAUUGGAAACAUAUCUAAGGAUGAUGCUGCCUCUAAUGCAAUUAAUGAAAAUGAUCCAUAUUCAAAAGAACCCAUAAGGCACAAAGUUUUAAAGAUAAAUGGACAGAAACCCUUUUGUGCUGAACCACCACCUUCUUUAUUAAUAGAAAGUUUCAUUACACCAAAGGAAACAUUUUAUGUAAGAAAUCAUCUUCCUGUUCCUGAAAUAGACUUGAAGACUUAUAGUUUAGAAUUAGCUAUAGAAGAAAUAAUAAAAAAGACUCUCAAAUUUGAAGACAUAAAGAAAUAUCCCAAGUACACAAUAACAAGCGCUAUAAUGUGUGGAGGAAAUAGAAGAUCAGAAAUGGCACAAGAAAGACAAUUGAGAGGACUUAGUUGGGGUGUAGGUGCUGUUGGUAAUGCUACAUGGACUGGUACAAGGCUAUGUGAUGUAUUGAAAGAUUUAGGAAUUAAUGAGGAUAAUUACAACCAUAUACAGUUUGAAGGGUAUGACUUAGAUCCUUCUGGUACACCAUAUGGUGCAAGUAUACCCAUUAGCAAAGCUAUGGACCCUAGAGCAGAUAUAAUUUUAGCUUAUGAAAUGAAUGGACAAUCAAUACCAAGAGAUCAUGGUUUUCCUGUUAGAGUAAUUGUGCCAGGUGUUGUGGGUGCUAGGAAUGUAAAAUGGCUUGCCAGAAUAAUUGUUUCGAAAGAUGAAAGCCCAUCACAAUGGCAACAAGGUGACUAUAAAGGUUUCUCUCCCAGUACUGAUUGGGAUAAUGUAGAUUUUUCUAAGGCGCCUGCUAUACAGGAAAUGCCUGUAAUUUCUGCAAUUUGCAAACCAGAACAUGCAGAAACAAUCAAAGUAGUAAAUGGAAAGAUAAAUGUGAAGGGAUAUGCUUGGUCAGGAGGGGGUCGAAAAAUCAUUCGGGUUGAUAUAACAAAUAACCAAGGUAAAACUUGGUAUACGGCUGAUUUAAAUGCGGAAGAUAAGAACGCUAAAGAAGGUCGAUAUUGGAGCUGGACAUUGUGGAGUAUAGAUCUCCCUGUUAAAGAGGGAAGUAAAGAAAUAGAAAUUUGGGCAAAAGCUGUAGAUGCAUCAUAUAAUGUCCAACCAGAAAGUUUCAAAAAUAUCUGGAAUUUACGAGGUUUCCUUUGUAAUGCAUAUCACAGAGUUAAAGUUAAAUUAGAACACUAGAGUUACUUAGAGAAGUUAUAAUAACAACUCAAUACGGUAAAAACUUACAUAAUAAGAAAUAAAUAACAAUUUUUUUUUCAUUACAAAACAUGUGUUUGUAAUAAAUGUGCUUUUUACAAUAGUAUAACGUAUUUCAUAUAUUUAAAUGUUAAUACCUUCUCUAUUGAAAUAACUAGAUAUGUCACCCAAAGGUAUUUGACAAUUUGUCGAACUAUUUAUAUCAUGAAUUUCAAUCAAAGGUGGAGAUUGUAUUGCGGAUUUACCAAUUAUAACAACAUAUGGGAAUCCUGUUAUGCGGGCGUGUAUAAGACGAUUUCCAAUAGUUAAGUGUGUUCUAUCAUCAAGUAUAAUAUCAGUUUUUAAUUGAUUGAAAAUCUCUAUUAUGUCUUUCACAUAUUGUAAUGCGCUUUCUUCCUUGCUACCUACCUGUAAAUUAUAAUGAGUUUUUAAUAUUUAUUAUUUGUAAAAAAUAUUGUAUAGUGUAUACCUUUGGUAGUAUAAUGCAAACAGUAUAUGGUGCUAAAUUUUUUGGCCAUCGUAAUUCUUCUUUGGUAGAUAAUAAUUCAGUCAUGACUGUAAAAAUACGACUCAAACCAAGUCCAUAACAACCCAUUACUGCGGGUUUUGUUUCGUUUUUUACCCUCAAUGUUACCUCUAAAGGUAUUGUAUACUUUGUAUCUAAUAGAAAUGUAUGUCCCACCUUGAAUAAAAGUUAAUCAUUUAUUAUAGAAUCUCA